GCAGCAGGCUGGCUCCUGUCCCCUUUUCCAGGGGGGGAAGCAGCAGGAGGAGGAGAGGGUGCAGUCCUUCCCUGGGGAGGGAGGUGGUUGGCGUGGGGGGCCGAGCAGGGCGCCGCGGCGGGGGCGGCGGCGGGGGGCGGCUGCUGCUGCUGUCCCGAGCCCAUUGUUUUGCUGGCUCGCUUGUUCUCCAGCCCCUCGGGGGCCGCCGCGGCCUCCGCGCCCAGGAUCUUGCCCUUGAGGGAGGCCCGCAGGUGCCGCAGCUCGGGGCUGAUGAGGCCGUUGAGCUGGUGGUUGUGGUGCGGGGGGUGGUGGUGGCGGUGGUGGUGCCGGUGCUGCGGGGCCCCCUUGUCGCCGCUUCCUCCUCCUCCUCCUCGCUGCUGCUCCCGCUCCCGGCCGCCCGCGGGUCCCUCCUCUUCCUCCUCCUCCUCCGCUGCCGCCGCCGCCUCCUAUGCCGCCGCCGCCGCCGCCUGCACCGGCGCCCAGGACGAGGAGGCCGAAGAGGAGGAGGAGGAGGAGGAAGAGGAGGGACCCGCGGGCGGCCGGGAGCGGGAGCAGCAGCGAGGAGGAGGAGGAGGAAGCGGCGACAAGGGGGCCCCGCAGCACCGGCACCACCACCGCCACCACCACCCCCCGCACCACAACCACCAGCUCAACGGCCUCAUCAGCCCCGAGCUGCGGCACCUGCGGGCCUCCCUCAAGGGCAAGAUCCUGGGCGCGGAGGCCGCGGCGGCCCCCGAGGGGCUGGAGAACAAGCGAGCCAGCAAAACAAUGGGCUCGGGACAGCAGCAGCAGCCGCCCCCCGCCGCCGCCCCCGCCGCGGCGCCCUGCUCGGCCCCCCACGCCAACCACCUCCCUCCCCAGGGAAGGACUGCACCCUCUCCUCCUCCUGCUGCUUCCCCCCCUGGAAAAGGGGACAGGAGCCAGCCUGCUGCCACCACCGCGACCGCUGCUGCUGCUGCUAAGACUGCAGCCCGCAAUGGGCUGGCGGGAGAGACUGGCUUGGAGGAGGAAGAGCAGGAGGAGGGGGAUGAAGGAGGGGAGGAGGAGGAGUCCCUGCAGCUUCUCUCCGGGUCCUUAGCGGCUGCCUGCAGUUUGAAAGGCUCGGGAACGGACUGUCAGCCCGAGGAGGACCUAACGAUACGAUACGUCCAGUACGAGUCAGAGCUGCAGAUGCCCGAUAUCAUGAGACUGAUCACCAAAGAUCUGUCUGAACCCUACUCCAUUUACACUUAUAGGUAUUUUAUCCACAAAGAGAUUAUUUAA